GGCGGAAGACGGAUGGUUUGUUUUGUCGAAUGUGAGUGGCAUCUGUAAAGAAAAAUGUCUUCAGUGCAGCUUCAGCGAGAGCUUAUCAGCGAUCAAUUAGCUCAGACUGAAGAAACGGUCACAGAGUUUAAAGAAAUUGUUAUCAAGUCCGAGGAAGAGAUGGAUUUUACCCGGACAUCCCAGAUAGUUUUAAACCGAAAAGACCUCCUGGAGCAUAACCUUAUUAAGGAGGAGCCAUGUAAACAGGAGAGGAGCUUCACUCCGGACCAGGAGGAGUUGGAGCCUCUGCAGGUGAAGCAAGAAGAUGAAAAGACAGAAUGUCAGCAAAUAAAAGAAGAGCAGGAGGAGUUAGAUUAUUUGCAGAUAAAAGUGGAAGAGGACGAAGUUUACUACAGUCAGGGCGAAGAACAGCUUGCACUGAAACAGGAGGCUGAUGCUUAUUAUGAGCAAACAUAUCAAACUGAACCAGAACCAAACAGGACUCAAGUCAUCUUUCAGGAAGCUGCUGAAGCUGAGAACCAAAAUCAGGAAAGAAGCAAUGAUAACAACUUUGGAGCGAAAAGAGAUGAAGAGAAGAAACAUAAGAGGCACCAGAAAGCCAGACAGCAUGGUGACAGUUCAAAGCAAAAAGGUCAUGAAAACCUUCCUCAAAGUAGUGACUUGACUAAAAAGACAUGUGAGAGGCCAGUCUCAAGUCGGAAACGUUUCAGCCGAAAAGAUAAAUUAAAUCGUCACAUGUCAGACCACACAGGUGAGAAACCUCUUCUAUGCGUGAACUGUGGAAAAGGUUUCAGUUGUAAUAGUGACCUAACUGUUCACAUGAGAGUUCAUACAGGCGAAAAGCCAUUUCUGUGCGUCAAGUGUGGAAGAAGUUUCAGUAGAAGAAGUAAUCUAACUGUUCACAUGAAAGCUCACACAGGUGAAAAGCAAUUCCAAUGCAUUACAUGUGGCAAACAUUUCAUUUCAAAAGGUUCUUUGAUUAUUCACGUGAGAAGGCACACAGGUGAGAAGCCUUUCCAAUGUAAGACCUGUGGAAAACGGUUUGUUGAUCAAUAUUCUGUGAAUCUUCACAUGAGGAGUCACUCGGUGUUGAAGCCUUAUAUUUGCGUGAACUGUGGAAAAAGUUUUGCUCAGAAACAGAAUUUAACAAGUCACAUGAUGAUUCACACAGGUGAAAAGCCUUUUUCAUGUGUGACCUGCGGAAAAUGUUUCAGUCAAAAAGGUAUUUUAACUCGUCACAUGCUGAUUCACACAGGCGAGAGGCCUUUUCAGUGUCUGACUUGUGGAAAAGGUUUCAAUCAAAAAUGUAGCUUAACUGAUCACAUGACGAUUCACACAGGUGAGAAGCCUUUUUCAUGCUCAGCUUGUGGAAAAGGUUUCAGUCGGAGACAUGCUUUAACUAAGCACAUGAAAAGCCAUGUGCUUAGUUAAAUAAAAUCUACUCUAGUCCAAGUCAUUUAAAACACACAUGAGUAAAAGGUACUUGGUUACCUUGUAAUAACUUUUUAAGAAAACAUUACCUAAAUGCGUCAUUUAGGAAGGAAAACUAGUCAUAAUUUGAGCAGUAUUUUUUCAUGUAUGAUGUUAAAGUUCACUGUAAAAUCAUUCGGGUAAAAACCAGAAUAAAAGGAGGAAUUUCUUGUCUAUGAACUGGAGAAAUUGUUUCAACUAAAUAUGGAAAGUAACACUUCCCUCAGGAACUCACACAGAUUAAAGAACUCUAACUUUUCUAGUUUGUGGAAAAGAUCAACUGUGAUCAUUUGAUGGUUCAUAAACCUCAUAGACCAGAAGUUGUAAUAACAUGAUUGUUGUAAAAUUAUCUGAUUUUGGUGGGACUUGGACAUUUCCAGUAAAAAAUCUGCAGUUUGCGGUUACCCAUACAAUUGAUACACAAGUGUGAUAGUUUUGUUUUUAAAGUGAGAUUGAAAUUGAUUCUGUCGUUUAUUUGACAUUUUAAUAACUUAUUUAGAAGCUAAUUCACUCUUACAUUCAUUGAUUGUUUUUGAUUGUACAAAUGAUCUGUGGUUGUCUUCAAUAACUGGGGUUGCCUUUCUUUUUGGUAUUCCAGUUUUUCUCGGUCACUUUGGUGCCUUUCUUGAAUCAUUGUUUACAUUUACAAAACAGGAAGUGCAUUUCUCAAAACAAUUUGUACAAACAGUUAAGAUUGCCAGCAAUAGCCAGUUAAAAUCCUUAGUUUAUCUCUCAAAAGUAAAUAUUUGUGUCAAUGAAUAUGUCUGUGCCCCAGAAUGUCAAGUCAUUGUUUCGUUGUGUAUGGAUACGAGUCUAAUUGAUUAGUCAUGUUGUGAAUAUAACAUUGUACUCUGCAGGGAUGUUCUGCUGUAAACUAUGGUUAAAGUUUUGAUGUCAUGUUGUAAACUGUUAAAGGAGACCAGUGGCGAGAGACUGGACAAGAUUCACAUUUAUGAUUUUUCUGUAAUGUGUUCCCAGACCGUGUCAUUGUGAUACAGAAAGCAGAACACAAAGAAAAAUAAUAGAAAUAGGAACAUAAGGCAGAAUUACAUGCUGAGAUAAAUUACAUUUUUGUUUAGUCUCCUACCUCCUAUCCUUGCUAUUUAACUUUUCAUAACAGGAAAACUGGUUAAUUUAAUGCUUCACACGUUUGUCUUUGUUGAAGAAAGUCAGGAUUCACCUGGGAGCAAAUUAAUAGUUCAGGACAGAAAAUAAGUCUCAUUAAGUCUCAUUGUACAAAAAUAUACUUGACACAUGACAUUUUGCAUGCUAACACUUAUAACAUAAAGUUACACUUAAAUGUUGUAGAGGUGGAGACAAUUCAACAAAGACCCAUGUAAUACAUUUUGAUCAAAAUAAAGAAAAAGGCAGGAAAUAGUUUACAAUCAUUUGCAACGUGUUCACAGAACUGAGAAAAUGUUUUUUUUUAAUGUAUACAGGAGGUGCAGUGAUUUGGAGGUUGAAGAAGUAGUUUUGAGAAUUUCAGUUCUGCUCUGAGAAAUGCUCCACAGCAACUGAGAAAAACUGCUGCUCUUUUGCCUCAGCUAUUUUUUAGAGUACUUUUACUUUUUAAAGUUGAAACAAUAUUUUUUGUGUGUAUGUAAAUGGAUAUAUGUUUGAUUACAGGAGUAAUUAAAGUAUAUAAA